UUGAGACAGUAAAGUGACAGGAAGAUAUGUGUAUGGCAAAACAGAUAGUAUGUGUGAAUGGUGCAGAAGCAGUUUUGAAGUAAAUAAUGGCGUGGUUUUCCAAAUCCUUCGGCAACUAGUGACUGUCAAACUGUUCGAUUUAUGUCUUUUAAGACCCUGUUUGUAUGUAUGUGUUGGGGAGUAGUUUAUUUGACAGUGACACUCGAGGGGCAAGGAAACUAUUCACUUAUUCAAAAGCUUGCCGUCGUGUAAACGUGCUGCAAAGUUAGUCGUGAAAGUUGAACUUCCUACUCCUCCUGGCACGUGGUAACCAGUCUGCUGCCACACGUGCCAAGUUAUCGGUGCCGUUAUCUGGGCGCGUCCCAUCUUAACGCCUUGCAAAUGAACCGGGGCGGGGGGCGUGGCGCCGAAGUUUACGGCAGUUCGGAGAAUUUAAGAAAGAAAACCAGACAUCCGGUAGAGCGGAUCAUGAACCGUUGGCAUGGCAACACAGGCAUAUGUUACAGAACUACAGGCAGCCCAGCAGCAACCUCAGCAGCAACCGCAGUCACAGCAGCAGGUGGCUACCCAACAGUAUGUGGCGGAACUGCAGCCUGCCCAACAGCCGCAACCACCAUCUCAGAAACAGUAUGUGUCCGAGAUCCAGGUAUCGCAGCCCCAGCAGGCUGGCCAGACAGCAGCAGUGCCAGCAGCUCAGCAGUACAUAGUGGUGUCCGUAACAGAAAAUGCCUUGAGACCUAAUGAGAGAGGCCCUGACUCUAGCCCUGGCCCCACAGUGGGGCAGUCCGGUGUUCCAACGCAGGUGGUGCAGCAGGUGCAAGCAUCACAGCAGAGAUUGCUUGUGCAAGGGAACGUACAGGCCAAAGGAGCUACAGUGUCGCCCCUUCAGCUGGCCAGUGUCCAGCACGUCCAGGUAGCACCACAGCGCCUUGUGGUACAGAGCACUUCACAGGCCGUUAAAGGAGGACAAGUCCCAGCUUUGACAGUGCACAGUAUUCAACAGGUUCAUUCUCCACCAGAGCGGUCGCCCAUUCAGAGUACCACUUCCACCAAUAAAGCGGGGCAAGUUCAGCAAAUACAAAUUCAUGGAGUUCAGCAAGUUCCUGUUUCUCAAGAGCGAUCAGUUGUUCAGGCAACUCCUCAGACUGCAAAAUCGGGCCAAGUUCAGCAGCUAACUGUUACCGGACUUCAGCAGGUUCAUGUUACUCAGGAGGUUCAGCAGUUACAGCAGGUACCAGUACAGCAUGUGUACCAGAACCAGGUGCAGUACGUGGAAGGGGGUGACACCAGCUACACAACAAGCACUGUACGCUCCAGUUCCUACCCAUAUACGGACAGCCCGUUAUAUACCCAAAACACUGGAACUACAUACUAUGAAGCACAGGGAACAGCAACACAAGUCAGCACUCCAGUGACAACACAGAAUGUGGCCAACAAUGGGUCAGUGCCCAUGUAUGUUACAGGUGGUCAGAUCGUAUCCAGUCCAACUGCAACAAGUACUGGCAGUGGUAGCAGCAGUGGUGGAGGAACCUACGUAAUACAAGGAGGUUACAUGUUAGGAAGUGCAACGCAGUCCUACUCACAUACCACACGGGCCUCUCCUGCAACUGUACAGUGGCUGCUGGAUAACUAUGAGACUGCUGAGGGGGUAAGCUUGCCUCGCAGUACCCUCUACUGUCAUUACCUGCUGCACUGUCAGGAACAGAAGCUGGAGCCUGUUAAUGCUGCUUCUUUUGGCAAGUUGAUUCGAUCAGUCUUUAUGGGUCUUCGCACUCGCCGUCUUGGAACAAGGGGGAACUCCAAGUACCAUUACUAUGGUCUGCGUAUCAAAGCUAACUCACCAUUACUUCGUCUCAUGGAAGAUCAGCAACAUUUAGCUAUGAGGCAACAGCCUUUCUCUCAAAAGCAGAGGCUGAAGCCAGUUCAGAAAGUGGAAGGGAUGACUAAUGGGACGUCUGUGACUAGCCAGCAGCAGGCAUCAGGGUUGUCGGAUAUCAGUGCCCAAGUGCAGCAGUACCAACAGUUCCUUGAUGCAUCCCGAGCUCUUCCAGAGUUUGCUGAUAUAGACCUGCAAGGCAAAAGCCUGCCAGAUGGGGUCAGUGCUGAGUACCUGCGAGCAUUUCAGCUGCUGUACCGGGAACACUGUGAGGCAAUUGUUGAUGUGAUGGUAAAUUUGCAGUUCACAUUGGUGGAAACGCUGUGGAAGACAUUUUGGAGAUUCAACAUGAAUCAGCCAAGUGAAACAAACCCUUUGGCAGUGCAUGAUGAAGCAGAGAAACGGCUACCCAAGGCCUGUCUAGUGGUUUUGUCAAAGUAUGAUCCUGUGUUAAAAUGGACAAAAGACUGUGAUAAUAUGCUGUAUCAGGGCCUGGUAGAAAUUCUCAUACCUGACGUGCUUCGACCGAUUCCCAGUGCAUUGACUCAAGCAAUCCGGAACUUUGCAAAAAGCUUAGAGAGCUGGCUAACCAAUGCCAUGAUGAACAUCCCUGAAGAGAUGGUUCGUGUAAAGGUAGCAUCAGCGAGUGCCUUUGCUCAGACCUUGAGACGCUAUACUUCACUCAAUCAUUUAGCUCAAGCAGCUCGCGCUGUAUUACAGAACACCACGCAGAUCAGCCAGAUGCUAAGUGACCUUAAUCGGGUGGAUUUUGCUAAUGUUCAGGAACAGGCAUCGUGGGUAUGUCGAUGUGAUGAUGGUGUGGUACAGCGAUUAGAACAAGAUUUUAAGAUGACCUUGCAGCAACAGAACUCCCUUGAGCAGUGGGCAGCCUGGCUGGAUGGAGUUGUCACCCAGGUCCUGAAGCCGUAUCACAGCAGUCUUAGCUUUCCCAAAGCUGCUAAACUUUUCCUGCUGAAGUGGUCAUUCUAUAGUUCCAUGGUGAUACGGGAUCUGACUCUCAGAAGUGCUGCAAGUUUUGGCUCUUUUCACCUGAUCCGAUUACUGUAUGAUGAAUACAUGUAUUACCUUAUAGAACACCGAGUGGCGCAGGCAAAAGGCGAGACUCCAAUUGCAGUGAUGGGUGAGUUUGCCAACAUGGGACGCUCCAUGAACCCUCUGGAUCCAGACAAAGAUGAAGAGGAGGAAGAGGAAGAAGAAAGUGAUGACGACUGUCAGGAAAUUUCUCUUCAUUCCAAUGAAUCAACCUCCUUGAUGUCUGACAGUAUUGAACCCCUGGCCAAGCUUCCAAGGACUGAUACUCGAGCGAUUUUUGUUCAAGCUCCACCUUCUACCUAAAUGUUACAACUACUUGAUGCCUGUGACUGCUAGCAGUAGGGACAAUUUGUACAAACCAAGCUUUAGAGCCCCAGGGGAAAGAAGGGGUCUGUUUACUUGAAGCUCAAGGUUUAUACAGGACUUCCCCAUGAAAUAGAUUUUUACAGACCUUCUUCUACUGAAAGGAACAUAGGGCUUACAGAUUCCUCUGGUAGGCCUGUUGCCACCAGCUGUUUUUGUGUGUGAAGGAAUAAUACAGCUUUUUGAAGAGUGUGAGUUUAAGUAGAGUUGGGGAUGAACUGAGGAUGACCACACCUUUGUGUAUGUGUGACAGAUGUGGAAUGGUCAUUGUGUUGUAGGCUAUCAAAAAGUGCCUAGUGUACUGCAGAGUGGAGAAGCUUAGAAUCAUCAGGCCUUGGCUCCGUUUUAUGUUAUGUGGUUUUCUUUCCUGUUUCAGAAUUCAGCCACCGCAAAUAGUUUCUGUAUGUGAGCAGUACACAUAUGAAAAUAAUGACCGUCUCUUCAGCUCCCUUUAAAAACACACAAGGCAUAUUUAAUCUCUAUUCCACUGCUUUAAGAAUACAAUGAAACAAGGCCCAGUGUGUACAGAUAUGGAUUAGGGACUGCACUGCAGUGAGACUCUCAGGAAGGAAUUAAUAUGAAAAGUAUAUUGGCAGAGGGAAGACUGUAAUAAACUUAGUGCUGGGCUUAUCAGCAGAAGAAAGUUUGAUGUACUGAUGGACAUACAGACUGGAAAGGGAAUAGCUUGGUAAUUUGUCCUUGCUUUUUAUCGAUGAUGUUUUUUGAAACAAGGAAGACUAAGAAACAACAAAAACAUUAAUCAGGUGUGAACCUGAUUAAAAUAGGAGAGGUGCUCAAAGCUCUUGUUAAUUGACAAUUGACACAUCGUCUAUAUAUGAAUUUCAUUAAUGGGAGUGAGCAUCAUCACGUGACUCAUGAGUAUUUGUGCGUAUAUAGAGUUUUGCUCAUGAGCAGGUGCUCAUUGUGAAGCGACAGCAUUCAGGAAGCAGGUACAGGAAGUGUCAUAAUGCGUGAUGCUGGAUACUGCCGUGAGCCUCACUAGUAGCUGCUUUUUAUCAGAUGCAGCAGGAGAACUUUACCUGAGUUAGGUUUAGUCCAGGCACGGUGUCCAUCAGUAUGUGGCAGUGGGUGCCCUUUUAAAACGUGGUUCAAGUUCAUUUCAUAGUUAUUCUCUACAGGUCAAAAUGUUUAUAUUGAGAGUUUUGUAGCCUGGCAUCUUGCACAUUGCAUUAUUAGUUGACAUAGCAUCUACUUCACAGGCAUUCUUUUCAGGCACACCUUGAUUGUACUUGGGGAGUUUUGUUUGUGGGUGUCUUCUCCAAAUUUGAUGGUAAUUGUAGGUCAAAGUUUAGAUGGGAAGGCACUAUAUGCUGAUGCUGUUUCUGCCUUUUCGAAUCAUUUGUUGCUGUGUGCAAUACAAACCUACAAGGGUGAAUCCUAGCAGCACAUAUUUUAUGCCACACACACUGGUGCUUGUGCUGUUCUUAAUGUAAGUGAUGCAUUCAAGUGGUAUCAGACAUUAAGUACAGUCAGAAGAAAAGCUGCUGUGUGCUGAAAGACAUGUCCCAUUUGGAUGACUUCUCCUAUACUGGGCACACUUCCAGGCUACACUUCAAAGUCUUUCUUCACAGAUUACUUGCUGUAUGAAAACUGUCCGUAAGCUGUCUGUUGAAGUGAAAGAAAAAAAAAGCUUGGCCUGCCAGGGUAAACAGAUGCUGUAUUGCAUCUUCUUAUAAUGUAACUGGUGCACUAUUUUUAAGGAUUUCUUGCUCUGUGCAAAAGCGGGCAUUUAUUUAGUAAGCAGAAAGAAAAGGUAACGUGCCUUAAUGACAGGACAGGUACAUCAGCAUUUUGCCAAAACCAUUAUAUGCCUUUAUCAUAUUAUUUUCUUACAAAAAACUGCAGCUGUAAAACGUUCAGGUACAGAUGGUACAUCAUCAGUUUUGUUUCAUAAGAAAUCAUUUUUAACUCUUGCAUUGGUCUGUUUUUUUAAAUCCAAGGAAUAAAUGUCAUCUCCCAGAAGGAGCCUAUAGUAGCACCUAAAGAAAAUCAGCCAGUCUUUGUUGAAGAACAGUAUGAUUUAUGUUUAACUGCACAUUCUUAGGAACCUGUUAGACUUUAAAUGUUAUUUUUCAAGAAUUUAAUCAGUUGCCACACAUUUUUAAGGAGAAAAUCCUGAUUUUGCACAGAGCGGAUUCAGAAAUUCAAAUUACAUUAUAUAAGCUGUUUGGUUAAAGCUUACCGAUUAAAGUCUGGACAAGCUUAAUUUCACAAGUUCAUGAAUUUGAAACAUCAGUACACAUGGCACUUACUGUACUGAGAAGCUAUAUAUUUGAGUGGUGCUCUUUAAAUGUAGUUUAGCACUGGAGAUGAGAACUCCCUCAGAAUCUGUAAUUAAAUUAUUUUUUAACUGUGCGUUUUCUUUUCCUGAAGUGCAAUUAACACAGUUGUUUUUCGCUGUGCAAGGGCUCCCCGAGGGGUAUGUUAAGGUUCAUGAUCAUAUCCUCCUUCCUUUAAUGAACUCCUUUAGGCACAGGUUUUUAGUGAUAACAAGAAAUGUCAAACAUUGCACUUCUUUACCCAAGAGUCCUACAUCUGCACCUUAAUAUCAGAUUUCUUCUCAUAGUGUUACACACAGAUGUGUUUGUCUGAGCUGCUGGAAAAAGUGUAAUUGUACAAGUAGCAUAGCCCCCUGCCUUUCCACAUCUGGAUUUACUGUUGUACAUUAAUUUUAUUUUGAGUGUUGUUUGCUGGGAGUGACUUGUACUUACAUCGUUGCAAUGUAAUUAUAGCCUUUUCUGUUUUCCUGUUUCAGUCUCAGAAGUAGCUAAAGUUCAUUUUCUCAGAUACAAUCCCAGCUGUAGUGCUAGGUCGGGGCGGGGGGGGCUUGCAAAAUAAGGCAGCUAAGCCAUGACAUAGGUUUGUCUUUUGAGCUUCAUGUGAAGCAACAGAAGGAAACAAAAGGACUUCACUUAUGUGUGCCAAUCCAUGUAACUGCAGUAAUCAUAGCUGUAGUCUCUCCUGGUGGCUAAAGCAGGCUGACACUCCCGUUACAACCAGCUUUCUCUAGAGCAUAGAGUGCUGAUACUAAAGUCCAGCAGGUCAGAACCCCACUACUGAUUCUAAACAGUCUUUUACAAAAUAAAAUAGCCUUUAACAAUGCCAUUUAUGUCCUCUCGCUGCUGUUUCUUUUUGCCAAAUAUGCCACCUAGAAAAGGGCUGUGUUGAGUGAAGAAUGCAGAAUAUGAUACCUGUGUACAGAACUCAAAAGUUUUUAAAUCUACUGAUCUGCCAUGGAAACAUCUUAAUUUGUUUGAGUUGUAGCUGAUCCUCUUCAUGUUUGAAGUGGUUGACAACAUUUUUUUAACGGUGAUCCAGAAUGCAUUACUUUUGGAAAUCCAAAUGAAACUUGUUUUAUUUUUUUUUCCUCAAGCCACUGUGAAAUUUUAACUUUAACUUUGCCAAAUACAUUGUAAGUAAAAAAAAAGUAUAAUUAUAUUGUUUGUUUGCUUAGCUAAAGCAUAUUCACUUUGGUCAUUUUUGUGCAGAUAAUAAAUGUAAGGUAUUUUGUUUUUAUGUAAAUAUGUACUAGUGAAACAUAUUUAAAAAAAAAUUUUAUAUCUUAA